GGAAGCUUGGCGCCCAGAAGCCCUCGGUAUCGUAUCUGUGUCUCAACUGAACUCACUCUUCUCCCAACUUCACUAUUUCCUGCACAAAUACUAGAGACCAUUCGUUUGCCAUUCAUGUCCUCAGUUCGACUUUUGUCCCGCGUUCUCCAAGUGUCUCUACGCAAUCAAAGUCGACGUCCACUCACAGCUCGAUUCAUUCCAGCCCGAGCCAUUCCAGCCCUCACAACCCCAGCUGCCUCGCAAGCAACGAGAAGUAUGGCGUCCUCGGCCCGCCGUGUAGAGUCCCACGAGAUCCCCAGCAUCCAUGACCUCUACGACGAGGGCGUACUCCCCGAGGAGGGCUUCGCCGUGACAGACUCCUAUAAGCAAACGCUCCCCGUUGUCGUCGACGGCGACUCUAAUGCUUUCCCAACCCCCUCGUCUGAGCUCAAUAAGCGCAUUGCCAUCCACCACGGAGACAUCACCAAACUUCAGGUCGAUGCCAUUGUCAACGCCGCAAACAACUCCCUUCUUGGUGGCGGAGGCGUAGAUGGUGCCAUCCAUUGUGCCGCCGGCUCCGGGCUGGUUCGCGAGUGCCGCACCAAGGGUGGAUGUGCCACCGGUGACGCUGUCAUGACUGACGCCUAUAACUUGCCUUGCAAAAAGGUCAUCCACACGGUCGGUCCCGUCUAUUCAUCGGGGAACCACCAGGAGUGCGAAAAACUCCUCAUCUCCUGCUAUCUACGCUCUCUGCAGACAGCAGCAGAGGCUGGACUCACCACCAUCGCUUUCCCCGCCAUCAGCACCGGCAUCUACGGUUAUCCGAGCAGAUAUGCAGCUCAAGCAGCCCUUGGUGCCAUUCGCCAUUUCCUGCUAGAUCCCAAGACACCGGCCACAAUCACAAAGGUGAUUAUUGUCACUUUCGCCCACCAGGAUACGCGUGCCUACAACAAAUGGCUACCGACGUACUUCCCUCCCUCAAUUUGAAAACCUGGGAGGAAGUUUUCCCAGUCAUGUCAGGGGUGGCGAACCUCCAAGCGUGCUGAAAGCGAAAGGUGAAGACGGCAAAGUAUCAAUGAACUUCCAGUUCUGACGGCCAAGAGGUGCGUUGUCCCUGCUUUGACCCGCUGGUAUUCUCAACACCCCUUUGCUUGCUUUUCUCGAUGCCAUAAUCGAGGAACACAAUGUGGAAUGGCUUUAGAAAAGCGAAGGAAGAGCUGGAGGCAGUGCCAGAACAGUUACAGACAGCAAUCAGAGAGAAAAUCGUUUGAACGUGGAUGGACGCUCAGGUGGCUCUGCAAAAGCGGCGAGUAGCUGAGGAGGAAGACAUCGACAGGCCUCAGUAGCUGCAAUCGACGAUGAGAUUGUAAAGUCUGUCGAGAUGUUUGCGUCUGUAUAUUAGCAAAGAUUCACGUCAGGGUGGAUCAGAAAUGCGACUGGCUCCAAGGUAUAAUACAUCCAUACACUAGCUGACAAUUACAAGCAGGAAUCGAUCCAAAGAUGAAAGAAAAGUCAUUGUAUCUAACUAGAUAACCAAGCAUAAACCACAGAGUAUACCACAAAUCCAAACUCAAUCACUGACCCGUUCCUGUUGCGCCAUCCCAGGUAGUCGGCCCUCCCGAUCUACAUAAGACAACUUGAUUCACACCCUA